UGUUCUGGAAGCUGUCAAGCCAGCAAUGUUUAGUUUGUUGUUAACGGUACUCCGAAAUCAACUGCUGCAAGCCGACUGUCUGAUAAGAGAGACUUUUGCACUUUGCUGAUCAGUGGAACCAUUCAUGAUUCGAAGAGUGAUGGGUGAGGUGGACGUAAAGUUGGGAAUCCGGCAGACGCUGGCCAAAAUCGACGAGGCCUUCGCGAAAAGAUCUGAGACCAUCAAAGCGCCCAAACCGCUGCUGGUGGCCGUUAGCAAAACGAAACCAGUGGAUCUGAUCCUCGACGGGUACUCCAUCGGGCAGCGCGAUUUCGGCGAAAACUACGUCCAAGAGCUGAUCGAGAAGGCGCACGAUGCCAAAAUCCUCGAGCACUGCAAGGACAUCCGGUGGCACUUUAUCGGCCACCUGCAGAGCAACAAGAUCAACAAGAUUGUGAAUCUCCCAAAUUUGUACAUGAUCGAAACGGUCCACAACGCAAAACUGGCCGAAAGUCUGAACAAAGCCUGGGAGAAGGUGAAGGCUGACAAGCCGGACAGUUCGAAGUUGAACGUUCUGAUUCAGAUCAACACCAGCGGAGAAGAUGAAAAGAACGGCACCAAUCCGGCGGAGGCCGUGAACCUGUACCGCUUCGUGACGGAGAAGUGUCCCAACCUGAACUGUCACGGCGUGAUGACGAUCGGUCGCUUUGGCCACGACUACUCGACCGGCCCCAAUCCGGACUUUAUCGAGCUGAUGAAGUGCCACGCGGACAUUUGCAGCACCUUCGAAAAGGACCCCGAAGAGGUGCAGGUGUCGAUGGGCAUGUCGGACGACUUUGUCCAAGCGAUCGAGAUGGGCAGCACAAUCGUACGCGUAGGCAGUUCUAUUUUUGGCGCGAGAGCGAAGAAAACCGAAGCAUAGGAAUUUUUCCGGCCGGCCGCCACCACUACCACCAAAGGGGGAGGCCAGAUUGCGAUUGUUUAGUCAUCGACGUCGUCGCACACAGAUGGUGGUGUGGUGGAAGAUGCGCGUGUGGCGCAACUAAACCAUCCGAGGUUAGAUGGGUGGAAUUUUGUUUGUCAAAAAUAAUCGAAAUCUGAAGGUGUUUGCGUUACGCAUCAUAGAUUGAAAUCAUGCAAUAAAAUUUUAAUUUUUUUUUUUGUUAAUUGUUA